GGGGGAGAGAUACGGGGUGGCCUGGGGGAGAGAUACAGGGGUGGCAGAGAGCUGCAUAGCAAGAAUCAGGAAUUCAGGGAUAGGUAGAAGGACCCCAGCCUGGAGGGGGUCCCAGGGCUGUAUAGGGGGGAGCAGCCCAGGGCCCCUGGGCCAGACAAUGGGCUGGGGGGGACCAUGGACCUGUGCCCCCCUGCUCAUGUUACUGCUGCUAGCGGCUGGGGGAUGUGAGCGGCGCCGGGCCCCCCGGCGGAAAUGCCCCAUCGGCUGCAGCUGCACCCAGGACAACGCACUGUGUGAAAGGACAGACGGGGUCCCCCGAGGACUGCCCCCUGACAUCACCUCCCUGUCCCUGGUGCGAUCCGGAUUCACUGAGCUCCGAGAGGGAAGUUUCCUGCAGACGCCGUCCCUGCAGCUGCUCUUGUUCACAUCCAGCACCCUGGGACUGAUCAGAGACGAUGCCUUCGUGGGACUCCUGCACCUGGAGUAUCUGUUCAUCGAGAACAACAAAGUCGGCUCCAUUUCCAAGAACGCACUGCGGGGCCUCAAGGGGCUUGUGCAUCUGAGCCUGGCACACAACCAGCUGGAGACGCUGCCACGCCAUCUGUUCCGGGGCCUGGACGCUCUCACCCAUGUAGACCUGCGGGGGAACCCCUUCCACUGCGACUGCCGGAUCAAGUGGCUGGUGGAGUGGCUGAGCAGCACCAAUGCCAGCGCCGAGCUGGGCGAGUGCCAGGGCCCAGCCGAGUUCAACGGCACCCGGCUGAGCCAGCUGCACCUUCAGGACUUUGACUGCAUUACCACCGCGCUGGCGCUGUUCCAGUCGCUGCCCUUCCAGGCGCUGUCGGUGGAGCCGUUCUGGUACCGGGGGGAGCAGCACGUGGCCAUCACCCAGCCCUUCGCAGGGCGCUGCAGUCUGCUUGAGUGGGACCACCUGGACGGGGCCUUCCGGGCCUACGCCUCCAUCAACGGCUCGUCGCCCGUGGCCUGCAAGCCGCUGGUGGUGGAGGGGCGGCUGCUGGUGGUGCUGGCGCAGCUGGCCGGGGGUUCCCAUGUGUGGCGCCAGGAGGAGGCCUCGGGGCGCUUCGUGCGGCUGCAGGAGCUGGGCCCGCAGCGCAUCCGCAAGCCCAACGCCCUGGCCAGUUUCCGGGUGGACGGCGACUGGUUCCUGGCUGUGGCCGACAGCUCCAAGGCGGGCGCCACCACGCUCUUCCGCUGGGGUGGGCGCGGCUUCUACGCCCACCAGGCCCUGCACGCCUGGCACCGCGACACCCACGUAGAGUUCCUGGAGCUCGCCGGCCGGCCCAGCCUCAUCCUGGCCAGCAGCUCCCAGCGCCCCGUGGUCUACCAGUGGAGCCGGCCCGGCCGCGCCUUCCUGCGCCACACGGAUAUCCCUGACAUGGACGACGUCUACGCCGUUAAACACUUCCGCCUGCGCGGGGAUGUCUACGUGUGCCUGACCCGCUUCAUUGGUGACUCCAAGGUGAUGCGCUGGGAGGGCUCCAUGUUCCGGGAUGUCCAGCAUAUGCCAUCGCGCGGCUCCAUGGUCUUCCAGCCGCUGGGCAUUGGGAGCCACCGCUAUGCCGUGCUGGGCAACGACUACUCCUUCAGCCAGGUUUACCGCUACGAUGCCCGCUCGGGCCUCUUUGUCCGCUUCCAGGAGCUGAACACCCAGGCGCCCCGCUCUUUUGCCCACCUGGCCGUCCACCAGCGGGACUUUGUCUUCGCCGCCAGCUUCAAGGGAGACACACAGAUCUACCGGCACAUCACCAUCGACCUGAGUGCCUGAGCCCCGCGCCGGGGCGGGGGGGGGAGAACGGGCUUCAGACAAUGUGGGGGAGCAGCACCAGCCUUGGUCACCGGGGGGCAUAGAAUGAGAUGCAGACAAUGGGGGUGCAGCACUGGCCAUGGCCACUGGGGGCACAGAACGGAUGCAGAUAAUGGGGGGGGGGGGGCAGCAC